AUGCUGAUCGAGAACGCGGAGGACCAACUGAACGGGAACGAGGACGCGGUCGAAGGCGCCGCGAACGAAGAUAGCGCGGAUGCAAAUCCAGGGACCGGCGCGGAAGCCCAAGAGGAGGAGGCUCCUCCUGCCGAGGACGGGAGUGCGGAAACCGAGGCCGAAAAGGACGAAGAAGCUCAAGUGGAGACCGACGACAACAACAACGAGGAGCCUCGGGCACCCGAAAUCGAAGAAGCCCCAGGUGACAAAGACGCGGAAGUGACGCCCGCACCCGAUAUCGAGGAAGGAGAAACCGCGGCUCCGGAUCCCAAGGAUGCGGUGACUUUGGCUGGUUCCAAGGGAAAUAAGGACGAAGAUGGGGAAGAGGAAGGGCCGAGCACUGCGGAUUCCGGUGUCGGGGAGGCGGCCAAUGACGAGGUACGGGUCGAAAGGAGGGCUUGA